ACGACGAUGAUGAUGCCAGUGGUGUCUUCUUUUGUGCUGUGUGCCUUCCUGUGUGCCACGACCAGCGGUGUACCGGUGGCAUCGAACGCAACCGGACUUGGGGCGGCUCUAACCAACAUUGCCAACAGCUUCGUGGUGGUUAGCGAGGAACAGCAGCAGACAGUGAGCAGUCGCAUUGACACGGAAGCGCCUACCGUACCACAUCUGGAAUCUGCCAAUGUCCUUCCUGCGCUCAUGCACAUUGCUCUCACCCCGGAAGAGCAUCACAUUAAGGCGCAUACGGAAGAGUUGGUUUAUACAAACAAAACCGAUGCGCAGGGUGUGGUGAAGAUCACUAUCGUUGAGAAAAAUUCGUCUGAAGAAUUAACGACAGAUGAAGCUGCUACGGAAGAAUAUAACGACGAUGAUGAUGAUACGACUACAGAUGAAAUCACCACAGAGACAGAAGAUGGUCUAACAACUGUUGUUCCGAGCACUACCGGUUCACCCACGUUGCGAUCCACUACGCCAACUGCCAUUCUUACCGUGCUCGGAAAUGAUCAAGUGGACAAGGAAAAGGAGGAAGAAAUCAAGCAAAACAUUAAAGAGGUGGAAGCGAUGCCGGUGAUACUGACUGUCGGCGUCUAG